CCAUGGCGACCGCGGAGCCCAGUGGGCGCGCGGUGCGUGCCUCUGGCCCGGGACCCCGGCCCGGCGGAGCCCGGGACCGUGCUGCAGGGCCACCCUCCGGACAAAUGGGUAGUAGAGCCCUCCGGCCGGGGGACCGCAUCCCCGCGGCCGUGGAGAAGCGGGGACCGUACAUGGUGACGCGCGCGCCCUCCAUUCAGGCCAAGCUGCAGAAGCACCGGGACCUGGCUAAAGCCGUGCUGCGGAGAAAGGGCAUGCUGGGGGCCUCGCCGAACCGACCCGACUCUUCAGGGAAAAGGUCAGUGAAGUUUAACAAGGGUUAUACUGCUCUUAGCCAGAGUCCAGAAGAAAACCUAGUGCCCCUCGACUCUGACAGUGAUGGCGAGCUGGAAUCCAGAUACUCCUCCGGUUAUUCUUCUGCAGAGCAGGUGAACCAGGAUGUGAGCCGGCAACUACUACAGGACGGAUAUCACCUAGAUGAGAUUCCGGACGACGAGGACUUGGACCUCAUCCCUCCUAAGCCUAUGGCCUCUUCAUCAUGUUCCUGCUGCUGGUGCUGUCCUGGGGACUCUUCCUCCUGUACUCUCCAGUAGACAUAAUUCUCCAUGUUGGGCCCUGCUCACCAAGGCCUACAGAGCCCUGUUGGUCCUUCAUAGCUCACAGGAUGCAGUGGGAACUGCUGUCAGCUAGAAGCACUGGAGGCGCUGACCCAUAGGAAGUUCAGUGGCCUGCAGGUAGCCCUUGCCUGGUGCUUCUCAGGCCAGAGGCCCCAUCUGAGCUGUGGGUUGACAGGUGGAAUUCUGCAGUUUUCCUCUGCUGUUGGUGUUGAGUUUGGAGAAGCUACUUUAAAUAUGGGUAGGAAGAGAGCUUCUGUGCCCAAGCUCUGCUAGAGAGUGGUAUAUGGAGGCAGGAAUAGCACUUUAUAGCUUGCAGCUGGGAAUCAAAAAAUUGAACUGAAACCCAUUGAAGAAAUUCCAAGCACUCUCCUCUUCCUCCCAGCUCUAGCAUAGGUUACAGGUUUGACCUCUAAGAGAGCGUAAAGUAGGUCACCUGGUCCCCCUUCAGGUUGUGUUUGUCUAGCUCUGGCAGGGUUCUAGCAGGUUGCUUAGUGAUGCAACAGGAUCAUGGCUUCCAGGAUUCCUGGACCUGGGGCAUCCCUGACUGGUCCAGCUGCCCAGGUGGGUUUUGUGACUCUGGCUAGCCCUUCCCUAGUUAGAGAAAAACUGCUCCAACAUGUACAUAUUUAUUUAUUUGCAUUCCCUUGGUUUGGCUGGUUUCUCCUCCCAGCCUUUGAGCUAAAGGUUGGGUUGAAGGUACUAGGGCUGGUCCCAGAAGCCUGCAGUUUUUGUUCUUACCAGCAGAGGGAGCUGCAGGGAGCAAUUCGGUGCCAUCUAAUUUUACUUUUUACUUUUAGAAGUAGCAAUGAAAGCCGGGCUCAGUGGCUCAGCCU